AUGUUGACUCUCAUAUGGCUAGUUGUAGGAUCAGCCACUGCCCUGGUUGCUGGGGUAGGGCCUGAUCUUGCCGACCAUUACAACCCCGGAAAGCCGUUUCGUUGCAUUUCUGAUCCCCUGAUUGUCAUCAAUUGGGAUCAGGUAAACGAUAACGUCUGCGACUGUCCUGAUGGGAGUGACGAGCCGGGCACGGCAGCUUGCGCCCAGGGAAAGUUUUGGUGUGCUAACGAAGGUCAUUAUGGUCAAUACAUUCCCAGUUUUCUUGUUAAGGACGGUGUCUGUGACUACGACGUCUGUUGUGAUGGAUCGGACGAGGGACUGGAAGUAUGUCCCAAUCGUUGUGCUGAGGUUCACCAACAAUUCGAAGACUAUAAAGUUAAAGUGGAGAGUCAAGUCCAGCAAGCUUUGAGACUACAAAAGGCGAUGAAGACAAAGGCACAGGUGGCCAAGGAAGAGGAGGGGCGUACGAUUGAAAAAAUCAAGAAGAGAUUAAAACGAAUGGAAAAUGAAGCUCGAGAAACACGCGAUUCACGUGAUGACGUAAGGGAAUAUAUCGAAUGGCAAUCCGAUCAGAUUAAACAACUUCAGCAAAUCUUACUGUCAUUGAUGAAGAACCACAAUCCGAACUACAAUGAUGCUGCUGUCAAAAACGCGGUUGCUUCGUUUCAAAGGUUGGACGCUAAUACUGAAGUACCAGCUAUUCCAGAUUUAGAGAAGCUUGGGAAUCUGGAAAUCACGCAAACACCGACAUUUACUGGCUUAAUUCACCACUACAUGAAGAAAAUCACUGAGUUGUUUGGCGGGUCGUCACAUAACGAGAUUACAUCCGACCCGCAGAAACUCCCGCCACAAUAUCAUCGAUAUAAAGAGAUACUCUCCCGCCACACCUCCAACCCAAUAAACUAUGGCGAGGACGACAUCCUCAGAGCUGCUACAAAUACCGUUAAUUCAAAAUAUGGGGAAUACAACUAUAUCAUUGAGUAUCUCCAGCUGAUUCGACAAGACGAUACAUUGGUGGGAGUCUUUGCUGGCUACACUCCCGAAAGCAAUACUCUUCAUUACGCACAAGGUGACAAGUGUUGGAAUGGGCCACGUCGCCUGGCUGAUCUAAAACUUGUUUGUGGCCCCGAAGAGAAUGUGAUCAUGGUGAGCGAGCCAGAAAAAUGUCGCUACUUUAUUGAAAUGACUCACCCGCUUGCUUGUCGUGCUCUCAGUGAAAAUGAAUUACGUACAUCUUUUGAAGUGGACUAUGAAAAUUUGGAAUAA